GAUAAAAUGGUGGAAUUCAUUGGAAUAAUGUCAACGGCGGUAAGCUUUCCAGCCGCGUUAUUGCUGCUGCUGGCAGCAAGGAUGGCGUUUUGCGUGCCAACACACUUCAUGGAUGUGGAGCAACACUUUCGAAACAGUAUCGAUCUGGACGCAGAACAGACGGAAGCCCGGUACGAUCAGGAGAUGCUCUCCGACAUCAUUAACGAUAACGAUCGUGGUGAGCUGCAGAAGGCAGAAUCGUGUCUGGUCGACGAUUACAAGUACGACCACGGACAGAAGAUACAACGGCUCGAUCCGUGUGAAAUUUGUCUCUGCAUCGAUGGCGAAAUAUUCUGCUGGUGGAAACAGUGUGAUUCUAUAGCAAAAAUGGUUGACAGCUCGGAAUCCCAAAUUGGAUCUUCCCAACAAGUAUCCAAACAUGAUCAACACUCUCCGGAAUUGAUCUCUGAGGCGUCAACUAUUACCAGCACAACUAACACAGCAGCCGUAUUCACGACAAAAUCACAAGGAUCCUUCCACAUAACAUCCAUGGAAGCAAACGAUGGUAGCAAUGGUGCCACGCGGCUUACACUAUCAGACACAUUAGCCGACGGAGGCACUACGGUUGUUAGUAGUACGUUACCCAUCUCAACACCUGCAUCACGAGCUCAAAAUGCUGAUCACGGCUCAUCGGAGGUGGUAACCCAUCAUGGAUCGGUACAUACGGCGGAUGCGAUCGAUGGAAUACCCAAGAAUAUCUUAAGCUUCCCACAGACGCCUCCGAUAAUGAUGUACCGUCCGGUAUCAACGGUAGUGACGAGUUCUCCUGCAAGGGAAGGAAAAUACGCAGAUGGUGGACGGAAGGCUAAGCUCAGCUCCAUAGCAGGUGUUCGAAAGACGAAGGGAAGCACAGUCGUCGGUCACAAAAAGCAGAAAGAGCAUAAAAAGAAUCAACCAAAGGCAACACCUGAAGGUGGAUAUGCUUACAGCUAUGAUCGAAAACCCACAGUAGCGAUUGCAAGUGACGCACUACCGAACCAGUUCCCCGUGGAUUCUAGCAGGGAAAAUGCAAAGUCACAUGAUGAGUCACUUGAAGAAACAAAUGGAAACAAUGGCCAAAAUGGUAAGAUUUUACAAGGUCAGACACAAAAGUCUAUCUUGGACCAGCAACAGUUUGGAGGCUAUGGUUACGGUAUGAUACACGAGCCCGAGUCGGAUCAUCGACAAGCAACUGCACCGAUGCGAAGCAAGGAUCGUGAUGUUCCCCAGCACUACAUCAUCACCUCGUCCGGGCAUGUGGAAAUGUUUGACGAUAGUGGCGCGAUGGGUGGUCCAGAAGUUGGAACAGAAAAUCAGGAAGCACACGGCCCCGAUGCGGAUGAGUUCGAGAAACCACAAUAUAGGGAUGUGCUUAGCUUCGAUGGACGUGUAUCUUCCCGUGUAGUGCAAGAUCCAGCUUUGAAUGGAUCGAACGAUGAGGACUCCGAAGAUACCGAUAGUGAUGAGGAUGAGACGGAGGAGGACACGGGUGACCAGCGAUCGGAAGACUCCGCUGCUGUUGCCCCAGCGAUCAUGCUAACAACGAAUGUUACGCAAGGCAAAUAUAGUCUCGGUGAGGGACAGCUGUCAACGCAAUUGCCUGCAUCACCGGCCUCCGUGAUUGACAUACUGAACUCAACCACACUCGAGACGGAUUAUGUCGAGGGGACGAACCAUUCGGAGCUGAUCUACCCGGAAGUUCCUUCGAUCAGUAGCAGUAGUAGUAGCAGUAGUAGUGGCAGCAGUAGUAUCAGCAGUAGCACAACUACCAAAUCUCCCACGAAACAGGAUCAAAGUGAACAGCAGCACUGUGUUGUUAUGGGCGUUACAUAUCCGGUAGGUGCCGUGCUAAAACAGGAAACUGGAAACUGUUUGCAGUGCGUCUGUGUGGCUGGUCCGGAGAAUGAUCCUGCCCCAAGGGUAACAUGUACUCCACUCAACUGUCCUCCCUUGAUACUGCCAGAUAUUCUGGAUGGGGCAGGAUUCUAGGAAGACUCACACAA